GGGGACGCAGCUGGAGUGGGCAGGGGCCGCGGGCGGCGGACACAGCGGCCCCGUUAAUGAGCAGCGGCCGGAGGGGCAGAUUUCUGAUUGUCUCAGAGGUGGCAGUGAAGCCCACCUUUAGCACAGGAAGAUGAGUGAACUUGACCAGUUACGCCAGGAGGCUGAGCAACUGAAAAACCAAAUCAGAGAUGCCAGAAAAGCAUGUGCAGAUGCCACUCUGGCCCAGAUCACAGCCAACAUUGAUCCAGUGGGUCGAAUUCAGAUGCGUACUAGAAGAACAUUGAGGGGGCACUUGGCUAAAAUUUAUGCAAUGCACUGGGGGACUGAUUCCAGGCUUCUAGUUAGUGCCUCCCAGGAUGGCAAACUUAUCAUCUGGGAUAGCUAUACCACAAACAAGGUCCAUGCCAUUCCCCUGCGUUCAUCUUGGGUGAUGACCUGUGCAUAUGCCCCCUCUGGAAACUAUGUGGCCUGCGGUGGUCUUGAUAACAUCUGUUCCAUUUACAACCUGAAAACUCGUGAAGGAAAUGUACGUGUCAGCCGUGAGCUGGCUGGUCACACAGGUUACUUGUCAUGCUGCCGUUUCCUGGAUGAUAAUCAAAUUGUUACGAGCUCUGGAGACACCACUUGCGCCCUUUGGGAUAUUGAAACUGGCCAGCAGACGACCACAUUUACUGGACACACCGGGGAUGUCAUGAGUUUGUCCUUGGCUCCUGAUGCCAGGUGUUUUGUUUCUGGUGCCUGUGAUGCCUCUGCCAAACUGUGGGAUGUUAGAGAAGGAAUGUGUCGGCAAACAUUCACUGGCCACGAGUCAGACAUCAAUGCCAUCUGUUUCUUCCCAAAUGGCAAUGCAUUUGCCACAGGCUCAGAUGAUGCCACAUGCAGGCUCUUUGAUCUUCGUGCUGACCAGGAGCUUAUGGUUUAUUCACAUGACAAUAUCAUCUGCGGCAUCACCUCUGUAGCAUUCUCCAAAAGCGGACGUCUCCUCUUAGCUGGUUAUGAUGAUUUUAACUGCAAUGUCUGGGACACGCUGAAAGCUGAUAGAGCAGGUGUCCUUGCUGGCCACGAUAACCGUGUCAGUUGCUUAGGUGUGACUGACGAUGGUAUGGCAGUAGCAACAGGAUCAUGGGAUAGCUUCCUCAAGAUCUGGAACUGAAGCCUGUAGACAAGCGACGGACUCCACCGUGACUGGAAGACAUUUCCAACGGUUGAAAACUAAAAUGAUAGCAUAUCCAAUCCAACCAUACUAACUUGGACCCCCCCAUUCUCCUCAAAACUUCAAAGGGCAAGAUCUUUUACCGUCUCCUAUUGCUGAAAUGAAGAGCACAAUUACUUUUCAAAGAAGAAUUUCUGUA